AGUAUACGAGGCAUGUGUUACGUAUGUAUCGUAUGUACAACGUAAUACGUAUACAGUUGAAUACAGUAAACCACGUGUUACGUAUAGAAUUACACAAAAUUUGGUACGAUUGUAGAGAUGGCAAAUUUUGCGAUGCGAGAACUGUUGAAAUACGGUUGGGAGGAAGGCGAAGGACUUGGUAAAAAUAAAAACGGCAUAACGGAACCCAUAAAACUCGCGACAAAUCAGAAUAAGGCAGGUAUAGGAUACGACGAAUACAAACCUUGGUGGGACAGAUUGUUUAAUGACACUGUUAAAAACAUUAAAGUCGAGUUAAAUGCAAAUGGUAAAGAGUUUUCUUUGAAAACCGGUAAUAUGGCUACUGCCCUAACUGAUUUUCCUGGCUAUAAUUUGUGGAAAAAAUCUGUGACGAAUCCAUACCUUGAGCAUAAAGUAUUUGGGACGUGUUCAGAUUCAGAGAACUUAUCUGAGAAAACAUGUGCACAUAUGAUCGAUCAGAAGGUUGGAUUACGUUGUAACAAAACUAUGCAUGAAUCAACGGAACACAAUUUUACAUCAAAUGGAAAAUUGGAAAGAAUUGCACAGCAGGAUGCAUUAUAUUUAAAUACUAACCCUCUGUUAAGUGAUGCUUUGGUCGAUCAAAAGAAUGACAUAGCCGAUAGUAAUGCAGAAUCAGACAUCGAGGAAAAUAAGCGUGAAACAAUAAACGCAAGCAUAUUGCAAUGUCUUGAAGAUACAAAAGAUUUUGUUUUAUCCAAAACUACAAAGAAGAUGCAUAAAAAAAAAUUACAUAAAUUAAUCCAGGAACUAAACACUUGUAAUUUAGAAGAGAAUAAUAACCAAAGACAGGACUAUUUGGAUAUGAAGCUCAAAAAAAUAAGAACUCAAAGGAUGAAGAAAGAUAUGGAGGAAAGCAAGAAUUUAAAAAAAAUAGUGUCCUUAUAUCAAGAUAUGGAAGAAAGAAAGAAUUUUAAAACAUUAGUGUCUUUAUAUAAUUCAAUGACUUAUGAUGCUUCUAAUAGUACAAGUGAAGAAAAAAUAACAGGAGGUAACUUGUUUUUUCAACAUACAAAGAUGACACAAGACAAAUUACUUAGUAAGGUUAAAAGAAAAUCGACAGAUCAGACAUCUGAUAUUUUACGAGAUGUGAAAUUAUUAGAAAGAUGUGAAAAGAAAAAAGAUAGCAAGGCAGUAAAUAGUCUAUUCGAGCACAUCGGAAAAGUAGAUGCUAGAAAUAAAUAUAACAAGUCGGUAGAAGAAAUAAAUCGUAACUUCUAUUUUCUAAACUUAAACAAAAUACAAAAAAAGAAAAAUCUGCGCCCCCCUUCGAAAGAAAUUAAGAAAAUCGCCGAAAAACUGAAAGGUGAAGCUUUGGCAAAUGAAUUAAAUUCUACAAUAAAAAAUUUAACAAUAUUUGGUAUUACUGACAAAUCAAAUGCAAAUACUGCUAAAAAGAAACUUGUAGUACCCACUCAAACUCAUCUUACGCCUGUUUAAAAAAAAGAA